UCGCGCACGCAAAUAAGGAGCCCUUAGCGGCAGCCUUUGGGCGCAUCCUUGGCAUUCCGGCGGAGAACCUCGUGUGGACCUACCUGAACAAGGGCACCCACGAGGAGGCGAACCGUGAAGACUUCGAUGCGGGCUUGGUCGAGCAGGUAAUUCAAACCCUCGACGAGAUAGACGCGCUGGAUCUUCGAAGAGGAAGGUAGUGUGAGCAAUGCGCCCCUGCCUCUCGAUCGAACGUGAUCAUGAAGGACCAAUCGAUAUCGCUAUGGGCAGGCCUGCUACCUUCAGCGCUGUCGGUGUCGCACGUCGCGGCGGGCGGGCUGCAUGUCUUGCUCUUAGCACAGCCUGGAGCCGAUCCGGAUUUACCUCGUGUACCUGAGCCAGCGGUAGGUGCCGCGGGCUGUUUCGGCUUUCAUCGACUCCGAACUUGA